AUGGAGGAAGAUUACACUCUCGCGCACACCAGCCUGACGAUCGUACAGAAAACCACAGGAAACAAUAGUCCAGAAAACGCCUGGAUGAGAGAGAUAGUACCGGGCCUGUUCAUAGGAAACGUCGCGUCAUCGUACAACAUGUGGUUGCUGCAGAGGAACAACAUCCAGGCCAUCGUCUCUCUUACCAGCAAAUAUCGGCCAUUGUGGGAUAGUCGCACAAUGGUCGCUGGUAUUGCAGCUAGAAAUCACUUGUGGGUUAAUGUUGACGACGUCGUGGGUGCCGAUCUCCUUUCCGCCAUGAAGGAUAUAUGUGACUUUAUUGAUUCUGUCGCGCCGCCGCAACUUGACUCUCUAAGUGCCUUGCCUGCCGCUUCCCAAGCCCAGGGUGUCAACGGCGGGCAAGUCAGCAACAGCCAGUGCAGCGAACCUUUGCCUGCGGUAUUGGUACACUGCACCUGUGGAGUAUCGCGUUCGUCGACGGCAAUCGCCGCAUAUCUCAUGCGCAAACUACAGCUGGAACGGGACGACGUACUUCAAUUUAUCAGAUCAAAGCAGCCCUACAUCCAACCAAACCGGGGCUUUCGGUUGCAGCUUCAGCUCUGGUAUUAUUCUGGAUAUCAAGGACGGGCAAACAGAGGUAAGAUUCUAAUGGUCCACUCCACCCCUAUAUUUGAUCUUGCUCGGAACCUGACUGACGGACUUGUCAGUCUCCCCUUUUAA